GGGACUUCCAUCACCAGCCGUCUGGCAAGAUCUUGACUGCCUCUCCUUUUCUCUUCUCUUCUUUUCUUUUCGUCUUCAAGCGGUUUAAGAAUAUCAGCAAGUUCCUGGUAGUUUAUCUGUUUUUCAAUCUAGCUUCCAUUGCAUUGUAUGUACCGUACAUACAGAUAACAGAUCAAUCCACCGAUCCAUCUCUGCGAUUGAGUUGCAGCUCUCACUCCCAAGUUUCAGUGACAGUUGAGCCGCCCGGCGUUGAGGUUGAAACAUGUCGGCGCAGAGGAUGAAGUCUUAUUUCUCUCGCAUGAGCCCCGUCCCUGCCUUCCCUGAAUAUACAGGCCCCUACAAAGUUGGCACUGUCGAUGUCGAGAUUCCCGUCUCGAAACUUGACUCGCCAAGUCCUACUCCCGACGCAGCGGCGAACAUCCAUACUAUCCAGUUCCGUGUCUUCUACCCGGCGACACCGGAUUCCAAGGGCCCGCCAAUAACAUGGCUGCCAGCUCCGCAACGCCUCCAUGUCGCGGCGUACACACAAUUCCUGGGUCUUAAUCCAAUGAUGGCCUCUGUACUCUCCUUCCUGCCGCGUCAUCUUUAUUACACAUAUGUGCCGGUGACUAAGAAUGCACCUCUGCAGCCACCGAACACGCCUAACGGCCGGUGGCCCACAGUCAUAUUCUCCCACGGCCUCGGCGGGAACCGCAACGCAUACAGCUAUGUUUCGGGAUGCCUGGCUUCUCACGGUGUUGUAGUGGUAUGCCCGGAACACAGGGAUGGGAGUGCUGGGGUCUCCAUCAUCCGGGACCCUCAGGCCCAGGGCCACUCUUCUCCUUGGAAAUCUCAACGCUUGGUGCCGUAUGUUCGGAUUCCCCACACCCAGACACCAGAGAUCUGGCGAGCAAGAGAUACCCAGAUCCGCGUCAGACUCUGGGAGCUCGGCUUGUUAGUGGAGGCGGUGCUAGGGAUUGAUUCUGGGAUGGAGGACCUUAUCGGCUCCAACAUGAACAGGUCGACAACAAAAGCGGCACUGCAGCAGUUUGCCGCGAAAAUGGACGUCCAGGAGCCUGGGAAGAUCAUCUUGGGCGGCCACUCGUUCGGUGCAGCGACAAUAGUCCAGCUGCUAAAGCUCACCUACUAUGCGGACCGCCCCGAAGUCACAAGCAUGCCUGAUCCGGUAUUUGCGCCGGCGAAGGACUCCAACAUCCGGCGUCUCCUCACAGAAAAGACCCCCACCAUCCUCCUUGACAUGUGGUGCUUCCCCCUCGUCUCCGCAACGGUCGCCCCGCUGCUCCCGCUCCCGCUCCCCGCCUACGCCGACGUCCCCACCGCGCCGGGCGGCACGGCCGUCCUGGCGAUCGAGUCCGAGGCCUUCCACAGGUGGACCGAGCACCUGCACACGAAGGCGCGCAUCCUGUCGCCCGACCCGUCGGCCCGCAUCGUGGCGCUCCCGCCACCACAAGCCGCGGCCGAGGACCACCAGCAGCGGCGGCACGCCGGGCCGAGCUUCUUCUACGCCCACGGCAGCGCCCACCUCAACCAGAGCGACUUCGGCGUCCUGUUCCCCUGGGUGUGCAGGCGCGUCUUCGGCGCCAAGGAGCCCGAGCGCGCCAUGCGGCUCAACGUGCGCGCCAUGCUGCAGCAUCUGAGGGCCAACGCGGUGCCCGUCGCGAGGACCUGGGCGGGCGACCUGGUCGACGGACCCGGUGCGGGGGCGGGGAAGAAGCCGGGAGCCGGGAGGCGUGCUUCUGCCGGCGCGCGGCCCGGCGGCGGCGGCGGGGAUCAGGGGCUGGACGAUGGGACGCAUGACGACGGGGCGAUUAUGCGGCGCGGCGCCGACGGCGAGGUCGAGGGGUGGUGCUGGAUCGACAUCGCGGGCUUGGGCGGCCGGGCUGGGCGGACCGAGCUGGAGUCGCUGGCCCGGCCCGAGAAGGAGGACGGGGAGUCGUCCGAGGGGGAGGACCCCGAGAGACAGAUGGAGGGCGAGAUGGAGCCGGGUGUCACGCCGAUAGAGACGGGGGCACCCGUUGGGGACGUCAGGCGCGCUGCAGUUGGGGCUGCUGCUGCUUAGAAGGCGGUGAGCUGCGUCUUGGGAGCGGGGGGGAUGGAUGGAUGAUGUUGAAUUAGCGGACUGUCAUGGCAAGUAAUGGCGUCUGGUAAAAUGGGUUGGCAUAUACUAUGCCCUAUAGAUGGCUGCGUGUUUAGUUGAAGGUGUCGAGUAUAGAUCAGACUGAUAGAGCUUCCUCGUGUGCCAUUAAUAGAGACGGUUUUAUUUCGU